ACACAUAGUUAACUCUUAACAUAAAUACAUGCAACUAAUACAAUUAGCUUAGAGUCAAUAUUAAUAGCCUCCUAACAAAAAUACAUGCCAAUGGUAUGAGAUCAAUGAAUUGGUGUGUCUGUGUGAAUUACAUUGUUUUAGUAUCUUAGCAAGGGUGAAAGAGCCGUCCCCUUUCAAGUUUUCAGCCAACAUAUGUAUAAGAUUUAUCUAAAUUAGGUGUUGUCUACACUCUACAAGAACAAAUAUAGUAUGUGAAUAAUAUUGAGUUUUAUUUUUUGAUGGGUCCAAAAGGGAAGAACGCUUCACUUUUGAGUGAUUAUGAAGUAUGAGCAUAUAAUAUAUUAGAUAUAUGAUUAAUUGAUUUGAUUGAUUAGAAGUGUCUGAAACCAUACUAAAUCAAACAAGCUAAAAAUUUAGUCAAGCCAAACCAAUUAUUCAAAUUAAUCAAAUUAAAUUAUCUUAAUACUACUAAUUAAAAUGGUUACCAUGGUAACCACUAUCAAUACCCUACUUGAUGUGAUUAGUCAUUUAUAUCUUAUACAUCCUAUUUUUGUUUCCAUUUCUAUAGUCAAUUUCACGGCUUAGGAUAGGGUCAGUAACCAAUGGUUACUAACCUAUGAGUAAUUAAAUCUGGACCCUUAGAUUUAAGUGGGUCCAGAAAAUCCAGAUCUAAGGGUUGUCAAUUAAAGACAUUUUAUUUUCCAUAGUUUUCUUAAUUGGCUCUUAUCUUCUUCGUUCUAACUCGGAUUUCAAUUUUUUUUUUUUGCACAGAUGGAACGAGUUCGUGGUGCUCUACAAAAUGAGAUCAAUUUUCAAUAUAUUUCGAGAAACUUUUUUUUACCAACUACAUACCAUAUGGUAACUUCUUCGUUUUAAGUCAUUUUUUAAACGUUUGCUCAGAAGGAACGAGUUCAUCAUGAUCUAUUAGAUCUAUAAAUUUCUGGGUGAAAAAAAUACUGGAUAAAAAAUUACCAUAUUUUACCAAUAUGGUAUGUGAUUGGUAACUUGUGGUAAUUUGUAGUAAAUAAUGAUGAAAGUCGUAAAUGAUAGUUAAUAUACUCCUAUUAUCAUGUAUUCAACCUUCUUACCAUAUUGGUAUGUUCAUACCAUCAUGGUACGCUUUCUUACCAUAUGGUAUUAAAUUGGAGCAUACCAUAUGGUAAUGACUGGUAAAAAGUUAUUCAAUUUUUUUGUACUAAAAAUAUAUCAAAGUUGAUAUCAUUUUGAAGAGCAUAUUUAAUCUGAUUUAUCUAUGCAAAAAAAAUUUAAAUUUCAACUUAAAAUGAGAGAGAAAUCAUCCGUUAAAGAUUAAAGGGGAAAAAGAUAAAAAAACUUUCAAGGAGAGAGAGGCUACUGAUGUCAUGCUGAUAUGGACAGAUUACUCAUGGUUACUAACCAUAGAGUUACUGACCUGAACCGCUCCACAAUUUCACAAGGAGAUUUGUACAUAAUUCUAUGUGAAUUAGGAAUGUUAGGAGCUGGAAGGCGAACAUCACGUAUAAAAUAAAUAGAGCAUGCAUGCACGCACUAGGGUCUUUUGGUGAUGCAAAAGCAAACCCAACCACCGCCGCCUCCCACGAUGACGACGACGAUCAACAAAUUAGGAGACGAUCUCGUCGUCGAAAUUCUCAUCCGCAGCUUCCCAAACCCUAAACCCGCCUGCCGCUGCAAGCUCGUCUGCAAGCGGUGGCGCUCUUUGAUCUCCGAUCCCAUCCUCUUCAGCCGCCGCUUCGCCUCCUACCACAAGAGCAUCAACGAGAAAGUAGAACCCCCAUUGCUCGUCACGUCAUCGUCGUCAAUAUUCCGCCACCAAUCCCUCAACUUCCUCCCCGUACCCGACAAAGUUGGGCCGUAUUUCACAAUCUUCGAUUCCUUCCAAGACUUGCUCUUGUGCGGGUUUUCGGUGUGCAGGUUUCGCGAAAGUGAAGAAUUUGAGAGAUUUUACUUCGUCUGCAAUCCGUUUACGAAGCAAUGGGUCGCGCUUCCUUUGGCGCCCGAGAGUUCAAGCGGGAUUCUGAUUACCGCUGCAAGGUUAGUAUGUGAACCCGUUCAUUCUACUAGUCUUGAUUUAGGAGAAGGUGGAGCGGCGUUUGAUUAUUCUUCCUAUCGUUUCCGGGUAGUGUUGAGGUGUGAACCGAGUGGGGAUGAAAGACUAUACGUGUUUUGUUUCGAGUCGGGUGAAUGGACCGAGGAGACUCUUGUUCUCGAGAACAAUAUGUUGAAAAGUAUGGUUUCCUGCGGUGGGAAGUUAUUUUUCCACCUUAAUGAUGGCGCAUUCAGAUCUCGUGGUGAUGGCGCUCUUGCAUUCAGAUCUCUAGUGCUCGAUGAGUUUGAUCCUUUCCGUCUUGAUCAUGCACAUCCUCGUCGUGUUCAUACCUCCAUCGCCUUACCGGUAGGGGCCAGGUAUCGGAUUUCGGUUUUACAAGGUGCUCUGCAUAUGGUUCUAUUGGAGUCGAAAAUUUCCCACUAUUCGAGGAAUGCUUUGACUGUUUGGAGACUGGAAGAAGACGACGACGACGGCGAUGUAUGUUCUUGGCGGAAACUGCACGAGGUUUUGUUGAAGGAGACGAUGUUGGUGCACGGGUGCAACUACGAGCUUGACCGAUUGUUUUGGGUUUAUUUGCACCCACGGAGGCCCGAAAUCGUCUUCUUGAAUUAUCUUGAUUAUCGUAUUGAAAAGAAAUUUGUCUUGUCAAUGGAUUUGACGGGGACGAAAGAGGUGGAGUUCUUCGAUACAGAUGGUCGUUUUACUUGGAACGUGUUCCAGCCUAAGAUCUCUUGCUGGCCUACUCCGAUUCCCAAGUAUGAGGAAUUGCGAGGUACAUAUGGCGAAAUCUACGAUUAUUUGCUUAAGAUCAAGAAUAGUACUAACAUAUCUCAAUGAGGUAACAGGUAAUCACUUCAGCUUGUUAGGGUUUUUACUCAGCUUUUUUUUUUUCUACGUCUCUCAAACAUCCUAUGAAUAUGUAGAGAGACGUACUAGCUUCGUUUGCUAAGCAAGAUGAUGCAAGUUUCCCCUCUAUAGAGAUUCUACUUUUCUUUGGUCUUUCUCUCUUUGCAUGGCCGUUUUCAGAACUAGAUACUUCCUUUUGCAUGGCCACCAUGAUCAUUUACAAAUGUUCUCUACAACGACGAACAAUUGGUGGAUUGUUAAAAAAAAUAAUUGAAAGUUAUGUUUAUUAAUUUGUUAUCAACUCUUCAUGUUUUAUUAACUAAAUAACUAAACGAGACCCACCCAGUAAAUCACAAACCCCAAUCAUCUUAAUCGAUAAGAAAAUUAACAACAAUGAAAAGUGAAAUUGGUA